UCCGCAAAUGGGAGGCAUAAAAAGACCCGUAGGACCGCCGGGAAAAGAUGGCCGCGAUGGAGAUCAGGGAAACCCAGGACCUAAGGGUCUAACAGGUCCGAAAGGGAUACGUGGGAUGCAAGGACCGCAAGGGCGACAAGGCAGUCAGGGCGAUAAGGGGGAGAUAGGACCGCAAGGACUGAAAGGUCCAAGGGGGGUACAAGGAGAGGAAGGAGACGUAGGAAGGAUGGGAAUGGGAUAA